CCGAAGUAAUUUGUUGUCAAAAGGAACAUCAAAAAAUUGCUAGCCUACUUUAGAAUAGUCAAAACAAAAAAUUAUAAGAUGUGUUCACCUAUCCAAAAAAAGGCCUUACAACUUUACUUGAAAAACCUGGAUGAUAAAAGAAAUGCAUUAACUCCUAUGUUAAAUAGUAUUAACAAUUCCAUUGAUGAAUGCAACUCAUGGAUGAUAGAAAAAGACGGAAGCAAAAAGAGCUUUUUAGAAAUGAUGCAGCAAUUAGAGGAAAUCGAAAACUCAACUUUACAUAUUUGUUCUACAAUUCUAAAAAAUUAUCACCUUGAUGACGAUAGUGAAAAAGCAGAAAAUUCUUCGAGUGGUUCUCAAACUGCCAGUCCUUACGUCUUGCACACUACAGUUAAUUAUGUAACAUUAGAUCAACUACAGAAUGUUUUGCAAAAAAUAGAAACAGCCGAUAUAAAAACUGACUCCCUUGAAAAGAAAUAUCAGAAGUUAGAAGAGGAUUUCAAAACGCUAAGUGAGCAACAAAAGAAUGUUGAGGUUAAACGGAAAUCUCAAAUGAAGAUUUCAAAAAAUCACGAAAGGCGGAUUGAUGAGUUAGAGGAAAAUAUAAAAAUUUUGACUGAAAAAAUUGAGGUACAAACUGAAUUAAUAACUACACAAUCCGAUAAAGCAAAGCAAAUUAAAGCAUCAAUAAAAGAAGUUAACGAAAUAAUUAAUUGCAAUCAGAAGCUAAUACAUGAAACUAAAGAAAAUCUUCAAAAACUUUCAAAAAAAUUAAAUGACAGUGAAUCAUUAGUUAAAGAAAUGUCAGAAAAACAGUCAAAGUUUUCUUCACAGCUAGAGAAUUUCGAUCAUAAAAAUGUGGAAAUGAAGAUGAAGUUUGGAGCUAUGUGUCAAGUGCUUGCAAAAAGAUAUCACAUUUUGGAUUCAGUGAAACAAUUUGUGAACAAACUCUCGUUAACAAGGGAUGAAGCUUACCUUAAGUUAAAUGAUAAAAUAACUACCCUGGAAGAAAUGAUUACUACGUCAUCAUUAGGUUUUGCUGCAGAAGUUGGCGUUGAAGAUAGGAAUCAAUAUUUAUCUCGUGUACUUUUUAACAAUGGCGACCACUUUGAUCCCAAUACCGGAGAGUUCACUGCCCCUACUGAGGGAGUUUAUUGUGUGAGUCUUAUGAUUUUUAGUGAUUGUGACACCGAUGAUGCAGUUCAAAUAAUUUUACGAGUACAGGACGAGCCAACAAAUGAACAUAAUGACGAAAUUAUUGAUCAAAUUUCUUCAGGCUCUAUUGGAAGUCUAAUGGAUAAAGAAGCUCCAAAUGAAACCGAUUCUCAACGUCUAAAUAUCGUGAAGGGUUUUUCUAGUUUUGUAGCUAACGUACAUUUAUUGUGUGGCAGUAAAGUUCUUUUGAGAUUGAUUUUAAACGCAAAGAAGAGGAAGACGGAUUUUUACUUACUUUUUUGCUGCUAUAAAAUCAAAGAAGUUUUCAAUCUGAAAGAUAACUAGAAUUGUCUUAAAAACAUAAAACUGUAAACAUUUAUGAUCAAGUCAAAAUGUAGAGCUAAUUGUAAUAAUUUUUUUUAAAAUGAUUAUUUAUCCUUAGUAUUUUUCCUAGAAUUAGUUCGGUUGGGUGGGUUGAGGAUGUAUGGGCUUAUAGCUAGACCUGAAAUAAAUUUCAGAAGAAAAACAAACCGGGAGUGAUCUCCCCUAAACUUUCUCGAAUAUUCUUAUAUAAAACAACAGGGGAUGGGAACUCGGGAUAUAGUUAUGAUUUUUAAUCCAUUUUAAAUACUUAAACUUUUUAAAAUAGAAUAGAAUAUCAUAGAAAAAAGAAUUGCGCACCAAGCGAACGCCAAAACAAAAUGUGCAUAAUAGUGAGGAAUAUUAUUAGAACUUUAUAAAUUUACAAGCGUUUUUUGAGAAAUCGGAAAUAGCGUAUAUUACUACUUCCAGUAAACGGAAAUUACUCAAAAUUUGAUAGAAGGUAGAGGAUUAGAUCUUUUACUUACGUGUGACAUUUCAUUUAUCUAUCUGAAAUAGUACUCAAGUUAUAGGCUUUUGAAAAACUCAAAGUAGAAAAAGUACCACUUCCGGUUAUCGGAAAUCGCUCAAAAGUUGAUACGGAUCUACGAUUUUGAUAAAAUACUUAUGUAUGAAAUUUCAUCAACCUAGUUGUAACGGUACUCAAGUUAUCAUGUUUACACACAGACAGACAGACACACACACACAGCCACACAGACAUACGGACAAGAUUGCAAAAUUAUGUUUUUCCGUAUCAGUGAGGUGUGAAACGUCGAGAUUUAUAAAAAUCUCGAUAUUUUUUUUUGCACGAUUACAAGACUUUCUCUAUACGUCGUACAUACGAGAAAGUAAAAAUGAGUAAACAAAAAUAAUGUUAUAAAUAUUAUAAGCAGGUCUAAGAAGGUAGAUGACGUGCUGAGUACAAUAAAUUUGUCAUAAUAGGGAUUUUUAAUACAAUCAUAUGUACACUAUAUAAUUAACAAUGUGUUUCAUAUUUAAUUGAAAAACAAUUGUUAGUUAUUGUGGUAUUUUAGAGUAUACAUGUUACACAUAAUAAUUAAUAACACACAACCUUGUCAUUGUUUUGUUUAAGGUGUUCUAUUAUUAUGCUCCAUAAAUAAUUUUAGUGGGAUCUAUGAAAAUUAUGAAAUAAAAC